CUGUGUCUCAGUACACAGAAUCAUAAUUGGUUCAUCUUCGAAGGCUAAUAUAUACUUUAGCGCCGGCCCUUCUGUAAAACCCUUCGCCUCUUUUGCUUCUCUGCAAUCUGCAUCUUAAGCCUUCAAAUCUAGAUUUUACAGAGAAGUUAAGUUCACUAGCCAAUAUGCAGAACGACGAAGGUGUUAUCACAGAGCUCUACAUUCCCAGGAAAUGCUCUGCAACCAACAGGUUGAUCACUUCAAAGGACCAUGCAUCUGUUCAGAUCAACAUUGGGCAUUUGGAUGAGAAUGGUGUCUACACCGGCCAGUUCUCUACCUUCGCUCUUUGUGGUUUUGUUCGUGCUCAGGGAGAUGCUGACAGCGGUAUCGACAGGCUCUGGCAGAAGAAGAAAGUUGAAGUUAAACAACAGUAGAAAGUUUCAUCAAAUAUGUUAUGGUUGAAUGAAUUAGAAUCAUAUCUCGUUUGCCUUAAUUUUGAAUGGUGACAAUGGAAGUUGACAUUUUUUAGUUGGAGACUCAGACUCCUAGUUUUUGUUGGUACUAUGUAGUUGGGGUUGAUUUUUUACUAUGAAGUUAUUCAACUUUUAAGUAUUAUUCAAAUUUAUAUGCCUCUUUAUCCA